AUUAGAUUACAUCAAAAAGAAGACUGAACAUAACCUCAAAUUAUUAAUAACAAAAAUACGUUUCCUCACAUGUAUAAUUUUUUGAAAAAUCAAUAAAACAUGGAUAAAGUAAAUUGGCGACCAAUUACAUUUGAUAAUAAAUUAUUUUCUGAAAACUUCAGUGAUUUGAUUGGAAUCGAAGAAUGUACUGAUUAUGAUUUGAAAGAGUUUUCACAACAACACAUUAAAAAGAAAACUUCCUCGCAUAAGAGGAAAAGAAGACUUAGUAAUAAUGAAAAAAAUAAAAGAACGUGCAGCGAAGAUCCUAAUUUCAUUCCAUCUCAAUCGGGAACAACAACGAAUAUAAAAGACACUGACGAUGUUUGUGAUGAGAAUCCAGAAAUUGAUAUCACCGCUUGGAAUUCCUACAAUAUCCCUGAACUUAUUUUGAGAGCUAUUGCAGAAUUAGGAUAUCACAAACCUACUCACAUUCAAUCUCUAACUUUACCACCAGGAAUUUUAGGUAGAAGAGAUAUUUUAGGAGCUGCUGAAACCGGUAGUGGUAAAACUUUAGCUUUUGGACUACCCAUAUUAACGGGUAUAUUAAAAAUCAAAGAAAAACGUGUUGAGUCUAAUAAUUCUCAUGAAAACGGAUCGAAUUCGGAUGAAUCAGAUUUUGAGAGCGAAUUAAAUGAUACGGGAUGUGUUAAACUAAUCAAUGAUGUUAAUAUCAAAGAAACAACUGUGCUAAAACCUUUGUACGCACUUAUCUUAACUCCGACUAGAGAAUUAGCUUUUCAGGUUCGAAAUCACCUAGUUGCAGUUGCUAAAUAUACAGGAAUAAACAUAGCAGUGGUUGUUGGUGGACUGGCAGAAGUAAAACAAGAGAGAAUUUUAUCCAAAGGUCCUGAAAUAGUAGUUGCUACACCUGGUCGAUUAUGGGAAUUGAUCAAACAAGGAAAUCUACAUCUUUCACAAGUUGAUAACAUAAGAUUUUUGGCUAUUGACGAAACCGAUAGGAUGUUGGAAAAGGAUCAUUUUCAAGAGUUGCAGGAACUUUUGGAAAGAAUCAAUUUAGAUGAAAAUAAACGUAAAAAACGACAAACUUUUGUAUUUUCUGCAACGCUUACUUUAAUACAUGAACUACCGAAAUAUUUAAAAAAUAAAAAUAAAUUGAAAAAAUCGAAUGUUGCCGAAAUGACGCCGGUUUUGAAAUUACAAAAAAUAGUGGAUCUAUUGGGAAUGUCUAAUCCUAAAGUAGUAGAUAUAUCAGAAGGAAAAGGUACUUCUGAAACUCUAACUGAAAGUAAAAUCACUUGUAGCAUUAAUGAAAAAGAUUAUUAUCUAUUUUAUUUUCUUACUAAGCAUCCUGGUAGGACGUUGAUUUUUUGUAAUUCUAUCGGUUGUGUUAGACGUUUGGCAGGUUUACUUAACCUCUUGAACUUUCAGCCGUUACCUUUACAUGCAUCCAUGCAACAACGACAGAGAUUAAAAAAUCUUGAACGAUUUCGAGAUAAAGAAAACAGCAUAUUAGUGGCAACAGAUGUCGCCGCUAGAGGAUUAGAUAUACCAAAAAUCGAUCACGUUUUACAUUACCAAACUCCUCGUACCAGCGAAAGUUACGUACAUAGAUCAGGUAGAACUGCAAGAGCUUCUCGUGAAGGUAUUACAAUUCUCCUAAUAGAACCCAACGAACUUCCCAAUUAUAUAAAAUUAUGCAGAACCUUAGGAAAAAGUGAGGAUUUGCCGACAUUUCCAGUACAAGAAAAUUUUUUAAACGCAGUUAAGAAGAGGGUAGAUCUUGCAAGAGAACUGGAUAUAAUGCAGUUACAGGUUAAAAAAGCGAAUUCCGAGAAUGGUUGGUUACUAAAAGCAGCUGAAGAUAUGGAUAUCGUCGUCGACGACGUAGCGAGGAAAUACGAUUAUGAGAAUGUUAGAAAAUCCAAAAAAGUUUUAGAAUUGAAAAAGAAACAGCUGGCAUCGUUGCUGAGCGCGCCUAUAUUUCCUAAAGGUGUUUAUGAAAAAUAUCCGUUAUUUUCUCAAAGUUUGUCGACUAUAAAUGGUGGGAAUUCCAAUGAAUCUGCGGUUGAAUUGGUUAAAAAUACGCUAAAAGACAAUACGAAGGAAAAACCCAGACGUAAACGUUUAUAUAAAAGAAAAAAGAAUAACGUAGAAAGACCGCAAGCUAUUAGUUAUAUGUUUAACAAAAAAAAUAUGGAACCGAUUAAAAAUAAGAAGAAACGAUAGAUUUUUAAUAAAAUUUUAAUCAAUA